GGCGUCGGCGCCAUGGCGCUCUCUUCCCUCCAGCAGCUGGAAUCGCUGAAAUACGUCGAGCUCCAGCGGAUCGCAAAGGCCGCCGGCCUGAAGGCCAACCUCCGGGCAGACAAAUUGUUGAAAGCACUGAAGCAACACUUUCAUGGAACAAAACAAGAAAAUGAAAAUAUGGACUCUGAAAAAAGUGCAUCUGCUUCCAUCGAAUCGGAUGAACUGAGCAAUCAGGAGAAAAUCAUGCCUGAUUCAGUGUGUUUUAUUACAAAAAGACGUGGUAAAAAGAAAAUAACAAGAAAAAAGAGGAACUCCAAUGACGAAAUUAAUACCAGCAGAGAAAAUACAGGGCUUUCUGAUGAGAAAGAGGAGCAUUCUGACAUGAAAGAAAACGAAGUGCCUCGGGGUGAGCAUGAAAAGGGACAGAAGGUAUUCCAAAAUAAGGAAAAAGUAACUAAAAAGACAGCUAUUGAGAAUCCGGGGAUGGGUACUGGUCAGAAAGAACAACUAGAGAAGACUUCUACUAAAAGUAGUGGAGGUGAAUGUGGUGCUCGUCAUGCAGAAGGGAAGAUCCCUUUAUAUGGAGGCUGUGCAUCUAGGUCUGGGAAAACAGGAAUGAAGGCUACUACACCAAACUUCAAAAAGUUGCACGAGGCUCACUUCAAGAAAAUGGAAUCUAUUGCUGACUACCUUGAGAGGAAAAAAAAAAUUAUUGAAAACUGCAGCAGUUCUCUCAACGAAGUCAAGGUGCUAGCCAAAAAAUCGAAUCCUUUAAGAGCACCGGAAAAAGGCACUCCACAUAACAAUUCUAAGAAACAAACCAGUGGCAAAACAUUUUUAUUCAGCCCAAAUUCAGAAAGAGGCAGAUUCUCCGCCACCUGCACUCCUAAUAACCUCCGGCGCUCACCACGCAGUUGUCUGAACGCUGCCAAUCGGAGUAUUUUAUCUAGGAAAUCUUCACUUAAUCCUGUCCUUUCAACAACCAAAAUGAAUGUCAGGUUCUCGGAAGCCACAAAAGAUAAUGAGCAUAAACGCUCUCUUACCAAGACUCCAUCUAGAAUGUCUCCAUACUUGGAGAUCUGCACACCUGAGAACCAAAAGAGCUGCAACCUAAUGAGUCAUAAUAACAGCAAGGGAAAUGCAAGAAAUAAUGAUCUGACUGCAUCAAAGGGUAAAGUGGAUGUUAUCACCCCCUUCAAGUUUGCAGCUCACGCUGCAGAACCCACAAGCACAAAGAAGACGUUUGACCUCAAAGCAAGUCUCUCAAGGCCCCUUCGGUAUCAGCCACACAAAGGACGACUAAAGCCUUGGGGAGAAUGUAAAGAAAAUACUGUCCCAAAUAAGUCUGCUGGUAGCAACAUCUCUGCAUGUAAGAAAGGUUACAAACAGCCGCACCUCCAGACAAGGGAAGAAAGGCGUGAGAAACAUGAGCAAGAGAGAAAAAAGAAAAAGGCUCAGGCUCUCGGAAACCGUAGAGGACUAUCUGUGGAUUAGGAGGAAUAAGAAAUAUCUAAGAAAUCACUGUAAAUAUUGUUCCUGUCUUGUAAAUAUUUGUGCUGUCUGUGUAUGGUUCAGGUUGCUAUUAGCUAGUGGAAUCCGGAGAGCAUUGAAUGAGACCUUACGAUGCAUCUGAGUGUAAUGUUUUAGUGAUCAACUUCCCUGAUGAGAUGAGUUCAGAACUUUGAGGAGCUUAGAACUAUCUCUAGUUGCUUAUUA